AUGUCCUCAUCAGCAUUGCUUUUACCCAUUCUCAUAUCCGUCGCCAAAUGUUACAACGCAUCAUAUCAGCCCCGCCCUUACACAAUCAACGUUGAUCCGACUUUCAUCGAAGAUACGCGUGUUAGGGCAUCUAACUUUCGGCCGUCGCUUGACAUUGAUGCGCCAGCAUGGUUUGAUGGUCCACCUGUUGCCAACGUUUCAGAAGUGGCUGAGUAUUGGGCGAGCGACUUCAAUUUCGAUCAAUUCCAAAAUGAGCUGAACACAAAUUUCUCGCACUUCAUUACGACUGUACCUCCACCGGGAGAGAUGUAUAAUCGAUCUUUGGAUAUCCACUUUAUUCAUGAAGUUUCUGAUCGCGAGGAUGCCAUUCCAAUGCUUCUGCUCCACGGCUGGCCAUCGACAAGUCUCGAAUGGGCGAAGGUGAUUCCUAGCCUCGCCCAUCCGCCAAACAGCUCCCUCCCAGCUUUUCACGCUGUUGCGCCUGAUCUCCCAGGUUUUGGUUUCAGUCCUGCUCCGACCACCCCUGGGCUCAAUCCAGAAGGGCACGCGAUCGUAUUUGCGAGUCUCAUGGAGCAACUAGGCUAUGAACGCUACGUCGUCUACUCAACAGACCUGGGAUUCGUAGUUGCACAGCACAUGGUACCAAAGUACGUUGAUCGCAUCAUCAAUCACGUCACGGACUUUUAUCUCGUUUUUCAGAAUGCGACCGACUCGGCAAGAUUCGCAAAUAAUCAGACGACGCCGGAAGAGACUGCCUACAUUUCGUCUCAGAAUGAUUUCCUCGCCAAUCAUGGAGGAUACUCUGAUGUACAUAGUACAUUGCCGUUGUCUCUCGCCCACACGCUACUUGACAGUCCUGUUGGAUUCCUGGCGUGGAUGUGGCAACUAGUAUACACAGUCAGCGAUGUACCGCAAACCGCAGAAGAACUCAUACGGCGGGCACUAGCAUUAUACAUUCCAGGCCCAUAUGGAAACAUUCGGUCUUAUAAAGAGCUGUUUGGUAUAAACCUGUUUACGGGCGUUAAAACGAAAGUGCCUGUUUCCGCAGUGCAGUGGGGUUAUCCCAGCCCUGCGUACCCAGCUUUGAAGGAUUUCAACUAUGCUCCUCGAGACUGGGUUGAACGAACUGCCAACCUAACCUACUUCAAGAGACUACCGGUUGGUGGCCAUUUUCCAGCAGAGAGCCGUCCACAAUUGUGGAUUGAGACCAUCUGGGAGAUAUUUGCGGCUGCCGUCUAG